CUAGAGGUUUCAUCCCCCUACAGCCAUGGGACAAAGGAAGUCUAAACCGAAGCCGCCCCCCAAGAAGAAGAUGACAGGCAUCCUGGAGACCCAGUUCACUUGCCCCUUCUGCAACCACGAGAAGUCCUGUGACGUGAAAAUGGACCGUGCUCGAAACACUGGAGUUAUCUCCUGUACCGUGUGCCUAGAGGACUUCCAGACACCCAUCAAAUGUCAGUCAGAAUCAGUGGAUGUGUAUAGCGAUUGGAUAGAUGCCUUUGAAGCAGCUAAUCAGUAG